UCCCCUCGCCGCGCAAUGGCCGCCGCGCCGGUGGCGUCCCCCUUCCCCACGCUCCCCUCGCCCUCCUCCCCCCUCGGCACGUCCGCGCGCCGUAUUCACGGCCGCGCGGGCCCGCCGCCAGCAGCAGCCGCCUCGCCGCGCGAGCAGCAGCAGCAGAGCGCCAGGGGCGCGGCGGGCGCGGGGGAGAGGCCGCGGCGGCGGGAGGAUGACCAGGCCGAGGCCGCCGCGGAGGAGUUCGAGCGGCAGCGGAAGGAGGAGGUGAACCGCAAGAUCGCCUCCCGGAAGGCGCUCUCCAUCAUCCUCCGGCGCGAGGCCACCAAGGCCGUCCUCGACAAGCGCGAGCCCGGCAAGGGCACCCGCCGCCUCCUCCCCCGCACCGUCCUCGAGGCCCUCCACGACCGCGUCGCCGCGCUCCGCUGGGAGUCCGCCCUCAAGGUGUUCGAGCUAAUGCGGGACCAGGUGUGGUACAGGCCGUACGUCGGGAUAUACAUCAAGCUCAUCACCAUGCUCGGCAAGUGCAAGCAGCCGGGGAAGGCACACGAGCUCUUCCAGGCCAUGAUCGACGAGGGCUGCGCCCCCAACCUCGAGUCCUACACGGCCCUUGUCUCCGCGUACAGCAGGAGCGGCAGCUUCGACAGGGCUUUCUCCUUGCUUGAUCAGAUGAAGGCCACCCCUGGUUGCCGGCCCGAUGUCCAGACAUACUCCAUUCUCAUCAAGUCCUGCUUGCACGCCUAUGACUUCGACAAGGUGAAGCAUUUGCUGGAGGAUAUGGCGCGCGCGGGUAUCCGUCCAAACACCGUGACUUAUAAUACUCUCAUUGAUGCUCACGGGAAAGCAGGAAGGUUUGCUGAGAUGGAGUCAACUCUUCUUGAGAUGUUGUCUGAAGACUGCAAACCUGAUGUGUGGACAAUGAAUUCGACUCUGAGAGCUUUUGGUAGCAGUGGUCAGAUUGAGACAAUGGAAAGCUGCUACGAGAAGUUCCAGGCAUCUGGUAUCUCCCCAAACAUUAAGACCUACAACAUUUUACUUGAUUCCUAUGGUAAAGCCAAAAUGUAUGAGAAGAUGGGAGCAGUGAUGGAGUACAUGCAGAAGUAUUACUAUUCUUGGACAAUAGUUACAUACAACGUAGUUAUUGAUGCAUUCGGAAGGGCUGGCGAUCUUGAACAGAUGGAAUAUAUCUUUAGAUUGAUGAAAUCAGACCGGAUAAAGCCUAACUGUGUUACCCUCUGUUCAUUGAUUAGAGCAUAUGGAAGGGCUGAUCAAGUAAAGAAAAUAGAGACAGUGUUAAGAGUUAUCGAGAACUCAGACAUCACGUUGGAUAUUGUGUUUUUUAACUGUUUGGUGGACGCAUAUGGGAGGGUGGGGCGCUUGGCAGAGAUGUGGGAUGUUCUCAAUAUGAUGAAGGAAGAGCAAAUACGACCAGACAAGGUAACCUGCACUACGAUGAUCAAAUGGUUUCUCGUCAAAGGGAUUGAUGAUCAUCGUGUUCAGUACCUGCGUGACCUAAAAGAUGGACGAUCUACAGAUAAUAAGUAGGUCUGAACAUUAAAACAGAUACUGAACUGAUGCGUUCUGUUCUCUGCAUUUUUAUCCAAGGAGAUGGAAUAACCUGCGGAAAAGCCUCGCUCAGUUUGCCCUUUGCAGAGAGGCAUCAAUCACACUCUUUUCUUUGAUGCCCUUAAGGAGAAACUUGAGUGUUACUGAAUCAAACAUUUGGUGGUGGCAGUUGAGAGGCACGUUUUUUUGUCUUAGGUGAAGUUCAAGUUCUGUUCAACAGCUGAAGUACAGAACUAUCUGGUAGCACAUCUCGGAUAGCAAAGUUGCCUUUGGUUAUGGCAUCCCAGGAAUGAGUUGAUGAUUGCAAUGGCCCAGACUUGUUUCUGCGAUUGAAGGAAAGUUGACAUGAGAGGAAUUUGUAGCCCUCUAUCAGUAGCUAUGAGUUACGUGACAAUCAAAUAGAACUAGUGGUGUGCUGGUGACAUUGUUCAGAUUGUGCUAUGUCAUUGUGCCUUGAUGUAUUGAUCCUACAGCUGUACAUGGCAUCAUAUGUCCUACCGACUUACACAAAGAUGGAGAGAAGCUUGAUAUGCAAACAUAAUUAUAUGCACAGUGUUCUACUUUUUGAUUUGUAGGAAAUUACCUAGUUGAUUGUUUGGUACUUCACCUAACAUUGUUGACAUCACUGUCCUGGGAAAAAAAACUGGCACCUAACUAAUGGACCGAGGAAUUGUUGUAAAAGGAGAUUCUAUUCUAUCUUGACCUGUAUUCAACAAAGGCUCUAAAGUUUAUGGAAUGGAAUAUUGUUUGUGGAA